GUUACCGUUGUUUAACCACACUGAUAAAGAUGCCUGAGCCUGCUAAGUCUGCGCCCAAGAAGGGCUCCAAGAAAGCGGUGACUAAAACCGCUGGAAAGGGAGGUAAGAAAAGAAAGAGGACCAGGAAGGAGAGCUACGCCAUCUACGUUUACAAGGUGCUGAAGCAGGUCCACCCCGACACCGGGAUCUCCUCCAAGGCCAUGAGCAUCAUGAACUCGUUCGUGAACGACAUCUUUGAGCGCAUCGCUUCUGAGGCUUCUCGUCUGGCCCACUACAACAAGCGCUCCACCAUCACCUCCAGGGAGAUCCAGACCGCUGUCCGCCUCCUUCUGCCCGGUGAGCUGGCCAAGCACGCUGUGUCUGAGGGCACCAAGGCUGUCACCAAGUACACCAGCUCUAAGUAAACUCCAUCAAAAACCCAAAGGCUCUUUUAAGA